UUGCUCGGAAUACAGCACUACAGAAGUGAAGUACGAUUCACUGAUCCAAUUGUUUUUGACUUUUAUCGCGGACACAGACUCAACGUAACAAACUCCACGAAAACACAGCUAACUAAAGCCAAAAACAUGAUGGGAUGUUUGUCCAACUGUGUGGCGCUCGAGUGGUGUAAGUCGGUGAAUCUAAACACCAAGCCUGGAGAAGGUGGUCUUCGUGUAUGCGAGCUUCUUUCCUCUGAUCGAUUCACAAAAAUCAACAACCUAACAAAGGACGGGACUCACGACCACUUGAAUGUUAAGACUCCAUGUGAUGUCAUUAACAGGAAGCCGUGCUAUAAUGGARGCCAUUGUGUYUUGAAUGAUGGCAAUUACACGUGCAAUUGUCAGGGAACUUUUUCAGGGGAAGUUUGCCGUGAGAUAGAGGGCAUAUGGGAAUCCUGGGGGGGAUGGGUGGAAUGUCCAUGCCCUAAAAGACGUACACGAGUCUGUCGWAAUCCACUGUCAAAUGGAGCAGCGUCCGAUUGUCCUGGUUCAAAUCAAGAGACAAAACCAUGUUCUUAUCUUUCAGCGCUCACAAUAGACGGUUGCAAUUCCCCGCUGGGAAUGAUAGAUGGAAGUAUUCCAAACUCGCGCAUCAGUGCCUCAUCAUAUUACCAUUAUAUGGCUUCAUGUUAUCCCAAGCACGGUCGGCUCCACGAUUCGUCACCAUGGGCUGCCUGGUGUGCGCUGAGAAACAACGCAGGACACGAGUACCUCCAGAUUGAUCUAGGAGCUGUAAAAAACAUUACAAAGAUAGCUACCCAAGGACGUGCUGGCAGAAGGCAAUGGGUGACCAAGUACAGCCUUUCCUACAGCAAUGAUACGAAGUCGUGGGUUGACUACUCUGGAAUCAGCAUGAUGUACUUGAGUAGAAAGGAAUUCAGUGGAAACUAUAACGAUGGAUCGGUGGUAGAGAACAAUAUUGCCGUCCCAUUCAAAGCAAGGCACAUCAGAAUAUACCCCUUGUCGUACCGUAGCUGGAUGUCAAUGAGAACCGAGCUAUAUGGAUGCUARAUUUYCAACACAACCAAAAUUGAGCAAAGAAACCUUCAGCAGAUCACUGAAACAGUGCAACCAACAAUUAACAGUUUAUCAACCACCAGCCAACAUAAAACCUUAGUACACGCACAAAAAAAGAAAGAAUAAAAUAAAUGAAGUAGUCAUAUUUCUUUAGCGGUUCAUGUGAAUCCAAGAAAAUUCACACUCAACAAUUUGCACUCUUUGAUUUUGAAACAAUCAGAAAGCACUUUUCAACAAGAGAUCAUUAGUAAAACAAACGAAACGACCGCAAAGGCUCAUGGAUACACGUAGGACUUUAACUGGUAUAGGAGUUGUGAAAAGGAAUUCUGUAUUAAGCAGGCAGUCAAGAUUAAAAGCGACAAAAGAAAACAUUGUAAUUAACGACCAAACAUGUACUAUGCCUUAAGGUGUAAAUAAAGUCUCUAUGU